GUCCUCUCGUUUUUUUUCCCUCCUACUCUCCAAAGAAAAACCCUAACUCUCUCGAUCUAUUCUCUCUGUUCCCUCUCUUCCCUCUCUGUUCGCACUCCUCUUCUCCCUCUCGCUUCUCAAUCGUUCUCUCUCUUGCCCUAAUUCCUCAAAUCGGAGCGUGACCCUCCACCGCCCCCACCCCUCUUCCGACCAUCGAAUACGUCGCCGUCUGCUCACCAGAUAAGAGAAAAGUGAAGAUUCAGGAUUUAAGAGGGAAAACACUGGUCACCAAGGGGAGGCAGAGGCGGAGUGGAAGAAGCCAGUACUAACACACUGCUUCAAUUCUUGAUGGGUUUUUGUCAGGAUAAUGAGAUUUUCCUAUAUGCAUGUUCCACUGAGAGUGUUACAUCUUAUCCAUGGCAGCAAUUGAUUCACUUGGAGGAUUACUUUAUGAGUGGUGGUCUGUCUUUUGGGACAGAGGUUUGCUUCAAUACUUCGAUUCCAUUUUGUGUGUUUUUUCUUUUGGUUUAUGGUAUUUUCAUCUUUUUUCACUUCACUAUAGACAACCUGCAAAAUAAGUUGAUGGAUUUAAUAAAGUUCAGGUCUUGGAAUUGGUUGAAAUGCAAAAAAAAAGGGACUUCUCUUACUCAUCAGUGGACUGGACCUUGAACCUUGGCCUGUGCUUGGGAAUAGAUGCUGUGAGGAGACAAUUCAGUGGCUUGAGGUUGCACUUUCCCUCUGUUGGUUGCUGUUGUGGUCGUGGUUGAGAAGGAGCUUUCUGUUUGCUGUUUCAUUGGCUGGCUGUGCAUUGAGUAGGCCAGUGGCAGGGCUGGCUAUUUUACUAUUGUUCAUUGCUGCAUGUGGUAGUUUUUUUCUAGUGGUGGUCUUUGUGUUCUACUGUGUUCUGUUUGCUGUUUUUCUUCUUUGUCUCUCCUUUCUCUUUUGCUGUACACUUACAACCUUCAUCUUUCCUUUCUUUUAUUAUAUAUUUUUUAUUUGGCCUUCCAAAACAAAACUAUAGACAACAUGCUUCAAGAUAGAUUGUUCAAUUAACUAUCUUCAUUUGAUUAUUCAAUAUGAAUCUAUCCUUUGUUCUUAUCAGAAUAGAUGGUCAUGGAAAUUUCUCACUGAUAUUGCAGCUUUACAGAGGAGAACUGGAGAAUGGGAUGUUGGUACUAAUAAGGUGUUUACCUUUGUCAUAAAGGUAUUUCAUUAGGAAUUUCAAGCUGAGGUUGGAUUUACUUGCAAAGCUUUGCCACUAGCAUUUGGUAGCACUCUUGGGGCACUGCAUUGGUGGUGUUAUGGGAGAGCAUAAUGACUCAAAAGUCAAAAGUCUUUCUCAUUUAUGAAUGUGUCUCAAAUGGGAAUUUCUAGACCUAUCUCUCUAGAGAUGAUUCUAGCAAGGUUUUUUAAUUGGUCAGAGAGAUUAACAAUUCUAGUUAGUAUUCCCAACGCUAUCCACUUCCUACACACUGGAAUGAUACCAGGUUUCUUCAAAAAUCGACUCAAGACUAACAAUAUUUUUCUUAGUGAUAUUGGAUGGCAAAGCUCAGUGACUAUGGAUUGCCCAUUAUCUCAGAGGAAAAUGAUGCAAGUGGGGCUUGGUCCCAUGGAAAAUCAACUCAAACAGAGCAAAGUAGCAACACAAAGAUAUACAACUCAUGGCCCUACAAUAAUGACAAGGCCUAAACAGUGUGCAUUAUGGCAAGUUGUUGCAGAUACUCUAUUCUCCCUAGCGUCUUUAUGGAUGCAGCUAGAUCCGAUUCUAAUUCCAACAAAGCUUUGUAUAUUGGCAAAAUUUUAUUGGCUUAGAUAAACAAUUUUUUAACAUUGUAUUUGAUUUGUAUAUUCUUAUUUAAGGUACUUAUUUGAUCA